ACGCAAAAAUGAUUUCUGAAAUUAUUUGGACGUCUUUUGUAGCAACUUUACUUGGGCUAUUAUCGUUAGGAAUUUUUAUUGGACUCAUUUUACUUUUAAGGAACUACAUGCAAGGAGGUAGUUACAACAAGCCAACUUUGAUUGAUGGAAAAAUUGUAAUCAUCACUGGCGCUAAUGCGGGUAUAGGAAAGGAAACGGCAGUUGAUUUAGCAAAGCGUGGUGGGAAAAUUUACAUUGCGUGUCGAAAUAUUGAGCGCGGUCAAAAUGCGUUGAUCGAAAUCAAAAGAAGAAGUGGAAGUGAUAAUAUCCACUUCUUACAGCUCGAUUUAGCAUCUAUGAAAUCUAUUCAUAAAUUUUCUGAUGAGUUUCAUCAACUGGAAGAUAGGCUCGAUAUUUUAAUCAAUAAUGCUGGUGUUAUGGCAUGUCCAAAAUCAUUUACAGAGGAUGGAUUUGAGAUGCAUAUGGGAACAAAUCAUUUAGGACAUUUUCUACUUACCAACUUACUAUUAGACCUCCUUAAAAAGCCCCCACACAGUCGAAUAGUGAAUGUUGCCAGUUUAUUUCACAUUGUUGGAAAAAUUUCAAAAACAAAUUUUUUCGGUGAGAAAUUUUACUUUCGUUGGUAUGCGUAUGCAACUAGUAAGUUGGCAAAUAUCUUAUUUACACGAGAACUGGCAAAACGACUACAAAAUACAGGCGUUACUGCAAAUUCAUUGCAUCCUGGCGCAAUACAAAGUGAUUUACUACGUCACGUCAAUAUAGUAAUCAGAAUAAUCACCGCCCCAUUCCGAUGGAUAUUAUUCAAAGAUAUUCCAGCAGGUGCUCAAACGCAAAUUCGUCUAGCUGUUGAUCCGUCAUUAGAAAAUGUUACUGGAAAAUAUUUUGCCGAUUGCAAAGAAGCCACAACAUUAUUUACAGCACGAAAUGAUAAAACUGCUAAAUGGCUUUGGGAAAAAAGCGAGGAACUUACGGGAUUGGGAAUAAAUGAUGUUUUAGUAUGCGAAUAAAGAUAAAACUUUUAUUCCUUUGUUAUUGUAGUCAUAGAGAUAAACUUGGUAAUAAUAUAUAACGGAAUUAACAUUUGUACUGCCUAAAUAUAAUUCAAUCCAAGCAUUUCUUCACUCUUCUUCCACAGCCAACAAGAAAGCUCGGUGUUGACUGAAUCACCUGAAAUUUCAAUUUGCUUACAAUUUCCAAAGAAUUUUCCAGUUACAUUUUGAAGUUCUGUAUCAACUGCUGCAUAAAUUGUAGUCUGUGAACCUUCUUUGGGUGUAUUGAUGAAUUGUGUGCCUAUCCAUUCUAAAACUUGCUGAAUCUUCCCAACACCUGUAAUUCGACUAAUUAUGUCACUGAUGACAAAUCCUGGAAAUGAUACAUUUACAGUUACUUCUGUGCCGAUGAGUCUUUUUGAUAAUUCCUGAGCAUAUAAGUGUGUAGCUAGUUUACUUUGGCAAUACGCUUUAAAUCUGCUAUAUGAAUUUUCCCACAUUAUGUCAUCUUUAUUGAUUGAACCAAAUCUGUAAGCUAUGCUGCUUUCCAGAAUUAUUCGACUUGGUGAUUUCUUCAAAAGAUCUAGUAACAAGUUAAUCAACAAAAAUGGACCUAGCAGAUUUUCUCCCAAAUGUCUUUCAAAUCCUUCGACUGUUUUUGAUUUACCACAAAAACUCACUUCAUGAUUACUGAUGAGGAUGUCAAGCUUAUUCUCAAGUUCAUGGAAUUUCUUUGAAAAUUCUCUUAUUGAAUCCAAAGAAGCCAAGUUCAGUUCUAAUAAAUGAACAUCAUCUUUGCCAGUCUUCUUUUUAAUUUCUUUAAGAGCUUCUUCUCCUUUAACUAUGUCUUGGCAUGCAAUAUACAUUUUUCCAUCGCGUUUUGCCAAGUCUAUUGCAGUUGCUUUACCAACUUCUGAAUCUACUCCUGUAAUUAUGAUUGUUUUCCCGUUAAUUUUAGUCUUACUUUCGUACAAAUCUCCUUUCAUGAAGUAUCUGA